GUUGCCCUCUUUUCUAUCUACAGAACAUUGUGACCUUCUUCAUCAACAUAGAUGCAGAACUUCAUCAAUUCCUCUUCUCCUUUGUUGGCAGAUCUGUAGAUGCAACCGAAGCUUGGUUUGUUCAAGAGGAUACACUAAAUCUGGUGCACUCUAUGCCUUAAUUGCUUCUUGUUCUAUAUUUUAAUUGACACUUGGUUUCAUCCAAGGUUGCCAGGAAAAAAAUGGAGGAUGGUUAGUGAAACCACAUAGUAACUUAGAAAGGUUACCUGAAGAUCUCAAUGGCAGGGAAGUGAUCUCUUUGGCAUAUAACAGAAUAGGAUCACUGCAUGAAUCUCCUAAUUUCCAUAAGCUCAGAACAUUUAUACUCGAAGGAAAUAAAGAACUCUGCCAUAUUUCUUCAAGCUUCUUUGUGACAAUGCACUGGCUCAAGUAUUUGGAUCUAUCCAAAACCUGUGUUACCUUUUUGCCGGAAGAGAUAGGCAUGUUACAUGAGUUGCAAUAUCUCAAUUUGUCAUUCUCAUCUCUCAUUUCUUUACCUUCGGCUCUGGUAGAUUUGAAUAAGUUGAAGUAUCUAUAUUGUGGUGGAGCAAAAGAACUAAAUGAUAUUCCUCAAGAUCUCAUAGCAAGGCUAAAAAAUUUGUAUGCAUUGGAUUUAUAUUCAACUGGCAUCUUUUUCUUCCAAGGAGCAUAUCUUGAUGACUUGCUAAGCUUAAGCAAUUUGAAAGGAGUGGGGUUCAACAUAGAUGGCCUUUCUGCAUUGGAAAAGCUCUUAUAUGUUCCUAAGCAAAGAGUACGAUUGAUAGACUCUGAUGAAUGUUUAACUUCAAUCAGCAUAUCACCAUCCCUACUUGGAAGCAACAGCGAGUUACACCUUCAAGAACUCAGUAUCUUCUUCAUUACCGAAUUGAAGGAGUUGGUCAUGACAUCAGAGGAUAAAACUUCUUGGUGCCUUUCUCAUCUUAAAAGCUUAUAUUUAAUUUUUCUCCCUAAUCUAAGGGACGUCAUUUGGGAAGAUCUAGAACCAAGUUAUUUUCUCCCCAAGCUCGCUUAUAUGGAAAUCUUUGAAUGCGGCAGCUUGACUAGCUUGUGUUGGGUUGCUCAACUACCAUCUCUCCAGAUUCUUAAGAUAGCCAGAUGUCGUGAACUGAGGAGUAUUAUAGCUGGUGAUCGGCAUACAAUGAUUGAGGAGGGCACUGCUUUCCGAAGCCUCAAGACAUUGGCUCUUGAUGAUUUGCCUAAUCUAGAAUCCAUCUAUGAGGAGGGAAUACUAUCUUUCCCUUCCAUUGAAGUGAUUACUAUGUUCAAUUGUUGGAACUUGAGAAACCUCUCACUUGGACUUCACAGUGCUAAGAAUCUUGUUUACAUUAGAGUCUUACCACCAAACUUGUGGGAUGACAUGGAUUGGGAGUUCAAGCAUCACUUCUCCAGUUUUGUUUUAUGAUUGUCAAAUGUUAUGGUCAUUUGGAUAAAGUUGUACCCUUCUGUAUGUAUUCGUGAUAUCUCUUGUGGAAAUUACACUUUUAGCUUUCCAUCAGAAAUAUGUUCUUGUUAGUUACCCUAUGUAAAUGUAAUGUAAUUACUUCUAUCAUGUGUUUAUUGUGGCUUGAAUAAAUUGUUUUUUUUCUCUUU